AGGGGGUGGUCGCCGCAGCAUCGCCAUCACUGUCCACUGCUUCCCUGUACCUGCAGCCACCAUCGCACCUUAGAUGAAUCAGCAUGAAAGGUACGCGCUAGUACACAAGCAAACAACUAUCCAAGGAUGAACAUGAUGAGGAGUGAGUGGGACAGGCGACGGGGCCGUAAUGGCCGCUCGAGGCGUGGGGGCCCGCUUCGAGCCACAAUGGAGUCCUCCAUGAUGGCAGUCAAUGGGCCCACGCAACAGCAGAUCAAUCCCUUCACCGAGCUGCCCUACACACCCCGUUACUACGAAAUCCUGAAGAAGCGUCAAGGUCUCCCUGUGUGGGAGUACAGAGAGAAAUUCACUAACAUCCUCCUGCAUCACCGGUGUUGUGUCCUGUUGGGGGAGACCGGUUCUGGAAAGACCACACAGAUCCCGCAGUGGUGCGUAGACAUUUUGCCCAGAAGGGUGGUGGCUUGCACACAGCCCAGGAGGGUGGCAGUCAUGAGUGUGGCCCAGAGGGUGGCUGACGAGAUGGACGUGACGCUCGGCCAGGAGGUGGGCUACUCCAUACGCUUUGAAGACUGCAGUUCUGGCAAGACGGUUCUCAAGUACUUGACUGACGGAAUGUUGCUACGGGAGGCCAUGAAGGACCCACUACUGGCGCGCUACGGUGUAGUCAUCCUGGAUGAGGCCCACGAGCGCACGCUAGCAACAGACAUCCUCAUGGGGGUUCUCAAGCAGGUGGUCCGCCGGAGAUAUGACCUCAAGGUGAUUGUCAUGAGCGCCACCUUGGAUGCUGGAAAGUUCCAGCAGUACUUUGACAGCUGUCCUCUGCUCACCAUUCCUGGACGCACGCACCCAGUGGAGGUCUUUUACACGCCUGAACCGAAAAAGGACUACCUGGAUGCGGCCGUUCGCACUGCGAUCCAGAUCCACAUGUUGGAGAAAGUGGAAGGGGACAUUCUGCUGUUCCUCACUGGACAAGAGGAAAUCGAGGAAGCCUGCAAGCGAAUCAAGCGAGAGGUAGAUGACCUGGGGCCCGACGCUGGCGACAUCAGAAUCCUCCCACUUUACUCCACGCUGCCCCCUCUGCAGCAGCAGAGGAUCUUUGAGCCGCCCCCUGCUAAGAAACCGAAUGGUGCCGUUGGAAGGAAGGUUGUGGUGUCGACAAACAUCGCUGAGACGUCACUUACCAUAGAUGGUGUUGUUUUUGUAAUUGAUCCAGGAUUCGCCAAGCAAAAGGUGUACAACCCUCGCAUUCGAGUUGAGUCGCUUCUGGUUUCGGCGAUCAGCAAAGCAUCGGCCAAGCAGAGGGCGGGUCGAGCUGGACGUACGCGCCCGGGGAAGUGCUUCCGACUUUACACAGAAAAGACUUACAGGACAGAGAUGCAGGACAAUACCUACCCAGAGAUUCUCAUGUCCAAUCUUGGCUCAGUGGUGCUGCAGCUAAAGAAGUUGGGCGUCGACGACUUGGUGCAUUUUGACUUCAUGGACCCGCCAGCUCCGGAGACCCUGAUGCGAGCCUUGGAGCUGCUCAACUACCUGGCGGCGAUUAACGACGACGGCAACCUGACAGAGCUGGGCGCCACCAUGGCAGAGUUCCCGCUGGACCCUCAGCUGGCCAAGAUGGUGGUUGCCAGCUGUGAAUUUGACUGCUCAGACGAGGCGCUCUCCAUCACCGCCAUGUUGUCAGUCCCACAGUGCUUCAUCCGACCCACUGAGGCCAAGAGAGCGUCCGACGAGGCCAAGAUGCGCUUUGCUCACGCUGACGGAGACCACCUCACUCUUCUUAAUGUCUACCACGCCUUUAAACAAAACCACGAGUCUUCCCAGUGGUGCUACGACAAUUUCGUUAACUACCGCUCGCUGAUGUCAGCUGACAACGUACGGUUUCAGCUGUGCCGCAUCAUGGAGCGCUUCGGGUUGCCCCGACGGAGCUGUGGACACAACUCCAGAGAGUACUACACCAACAUCCGCCGCAUGUUGGUCACCGGGUUCUUCAUGCAGGUUGCUCACCUGGAGCGCACGGGCCACUACCUGACUGUGAAGGACAACCAGGUGGUCCAGCUCCACCCCUCAACCGUGCUGGGCCGCAAAUCCGAGUGGGUCCUCUACAGCGAGUUUGUACUCACUGCCAAGAACUACAUCCGUACCUGCACCCAUGUUGAACCUGAGUGGUUGCUGAAAAUCGCCCCACGUUACUUCGAGAUAAGCCAGUUUCCGCAGUGCGAAGCAAAGAGACAACUGCAGCGGAUCAUCCUAAAGCUGUCUCAGUUUUAAAUAGUAGAGAAUAUACUUUUUAUUUAUGUCCGUGUCCCAUUUGUGCAGAAUUGCGAACGUUACUGUAUUUGUUCACUCAAUAAACAUGAAUUUUAAAGAAUGUU